ACAAAACAAAACAAUGGUGCUCAGGAUACAAGACAUAGCAAUCGUCUUUCUCCUCAUUGUCCUAAUGGAUUUUGCAUUGGCCCAUGAAAAAUUCUUGGUGAGGAAAGGAGGACGACUGGAUCGACUGCACAAGCGAACGUUGCACGACUGGAAGAACGCCGUCCAUAAACAUCGUCACCGACGACACAGGCACAAGAGGCGACGUCAUUACAGAGAUGGUGGUUUUCGGGUCGACAACAUACUUGCACAAAUGGACUCUUUCGUCCGCCCUCGCUUCGGACGAUCCGUGGGAUAUGCCGAGUGGCGGAAUCAUGGUCACACAGGAAUUGACGUGACAUAGCUUAAAGAAUGACACAAAGAAAGAUAUCAAUAUUUGACUGAAGAGCGUCAAAGUUCAACAAAUGUUUGUGAAUAUAAGUAUAGAAAAGCAGUCCUCCCUUAUCCCCCAAUGACUUAUUCCUCUUCUUUCGUUUCACAGCUUUAUCAAUCACUUUACAACUAUCUUCUCCAUUCCUUUCUCCCCCACCCACGCUUUCGGCUCUUUGACUUUACUAUUUAUAGUGACCUCAUGGUCACAACAAUUCUCUCAUUUUUUUUCUCGAAAACUUUCACUUCAAAACUGUGCAUUGUGUGUUCAUUUGAAUUUUCACCCCCAUUUAUUUAUUCAUCUUUUUACUUUUCUACAUUUUCUUAUUUCGAUACUUUUCUUUGAUCCCAUUUUAUCCUCAUGCAGAUGAAGUCUUUCACUUUGUUCUUUACUCAUUGAGGGAAAUAAAACAAAUGUUUUCGGGA